AUGGCUCCUCAUGCUGGGUUUGAUACAGAUCAGAUCAAAGAUAAAGCGAGAAAGGAUUUAUUAUACUUAUUAGAGGGCGUUCGCGGAAAGAAGAAUCUGGUACUUGAUAAGAGUUUGGCUGGCCCACUCGGCAUAAUCGUCAAGUUUUCCACUCUUCAAGACUAUGGCGUCGAUAAGGUUUUCUUUUUAGAGAAUGGCAAUGCAGAUGUUAGCCAGCAGAAUGUCGUGUUCAUUGCUAGGGGUGAGAGUGCGAAGCAUGCUCAGUCGAUAGCUGAUCAUAUCAAGCGCAUGCAGCGAGAGAGCCAGACUGGACAUGAAUUUUCCAUAUUUUGGGUUCCACGGAGAACAUUGGUAUCAGAAAAGAUUCUUGAAGAAGCCGGAGUACUGGGUGAUACCAGUAUUGCCGAAUUUCCUCUCUAUUUUCUCCCACUCGAGAAAGACCUCUUGUCAUUAGAAUUGGACGAAUCAUUCGAAGAUUUGUACUUGCGAAAAGAUCCAACACCGACAUUUCUCCUCGCACGUGCUUUGAUGCUCAUACAACAAAAACAUGGCCUGUUCCCCCGAAUGACCGGGCAAGGUGACAAUGCGAAAAGACUUUCAGAUCUCCUCUUACGAAUGCGACAAGAAUUGAUUGCGGGCGAAGAUACCAAUGAAAGCAACAAGCUUGGGCUCUCUCCAAGUAACACGAUCGAAAGCCUCAUUAUUAUCGAUCGCGAAAUUGAUUACGCGACCCCCUUACUAACGCAAUUGACAUAUGAAGGGUUAAUUGACGAAGCGGUAGGUAUUCAACAUAAUCAAGCCGAUGUGGACUCAUCCAUUGUGGGGUCAGCUCCUCAAGGGUCCUCGAAAACUGUCGGAGCAGCACCCGUCCAGGCCAAAAAGCGAAAAAUAAUUCUGGAUUCGUCCGAUAAGCUUUAUACUCAACUGAGGGAUACCAAUUUUGCAAUUGUUGGGCCGCUAUUGAAUAAGGUCGCACGACGUCUCAAAGAUGAUUAUGAAAGUAGACAUGGAACAAAAAGUACAGCAGAACUGCGAGAUUUCGUGAACAAGCUUCCAGGCUACCAAGCCGAACAACAGAGUCUGAAAAUACAUACUGGCUUAGCAGAGGAGAUAAUGAAACACACCCGUAAAGAACAGUUCAGCCGCUUGCUAGAAGUUCAACAGAAUUUAGUUGCAGGUGCCGAUCCUUCUUCGCAGCACGAUGCCAUCGAAGAGCUCAUUGCUCGAGAUGCUCCCCUUCCAGAAGUUCUGCGACUUUUGUGCCUGGAAUCAUGCAUCUCUGGCGGUGUUAAACCCCGGGAUUUGGAUAACUUUAAGAAAACGAUUCUACAGGCCUAUGGUUAUCAGCAUCUGCUUACUUUGGAUGCUCUAGAAAAGUUACAGUUACUGCUUUCAAGAACAUCUCCCAUGGCAUCUAUGAUCCCUAUGACCGGGGGUGGAACUCAAAUUGGCACCAAUACCGACUAUACUUAUCUGCGAAAACAACUUCGCCUAAUUGUUGAUGAAGUUAACGAGCACGAUCCAAAUGACAUCGCUUAUGUCUACAGUGGCUACGCGCCGCUCUCAAUACGCCUUGUUCAAUGCAUAUUACAAAAGCAAUAUUUGAUCUCGAUGACCAGAGGAGGAAAUGCGAAUAAUACUGCGAGUGUCGCUACUGGUGGCGCCUCUCAAGGCUGGCGAGGAUUUGAUGAACUAUUGAAGCAUGUGCGAGGCCAGACUUUUGACGAGGUACAAGCAGGGGAAGAUAAAGCUGUUAAAGCAAGAGCGCUUCUGGCGGGCAGUGGCGAGAAGAAGACUGUUUUCGUUGUAUUCUUAGGUGGAGUAACAUUUACGGAAAUUGCAGCUUUGAGGUUUAUCGCGAAGCAAGAAGAAGCGCGGAAGCAGAUCAUCAUAUGCACAACCUCAAUCAUAAGUGGAAAUCGAAUGAUGGAUGUAGCCAUAGAGAAGGACUCGUUGGGCAGGAGUAGUGUGCCAGACGUAACACCACAAGAACAAUGA